UUUGCCCUUUUCACAGAAAGAGGGAGGGAGAGAAAGGAACGGUCGUCGGAUCGAGCGCGAUAUGGAGAAGGGAGAGUGGAGAACGGAGAAGCUUCCGGAGCUCUGCGUCGCUCACGUCAUUUCCCUUACCUCGCCCCGGGUGGCGUGCCGCUUAUCCGCCGUCUCGACCACCUUCCGUGCCGCCGCCACCUCUGACACCGUCUGGGACUGCUUCCUGCCCUCCGAUUGGCAGUCGCUUGUCUCUCGCGCUGUCCAUCCCGUCGAGUUCUCCUCCUUUUCCUCCAAGCGGGAUAUCUUCUUCCACCUCUGCGAUCCCAUCCUCAUCGACGACGGCAAGAUGAGUUUCUCAGUGGACAGAUCGAGCGGGGCCAAGUGCUACAUACUCUCCGCUAGGGAGCUGUCCAUUACGUGGGCAGAUGCUCCCUGGUAUUGGAGGUGGCGUUGUCUACCUGAAUCCAGGUUUGCGGAGGUUGCUGAACUGACCAGCGUAUGCUGGUUGGAGAUUCGUGGCAAGAUCGAAAGUAGAAUGCUUUCUCGGAAAACAGCCUACGCUGCCUAUCUCAUCUACGAUACCGCCAAUUAUGCAUUUGGUCUCAACUAUCCGUCCCAAGAAGCAUCAGUGAAGGUUGGAGUGCAUUCGUCGACGAAACUGGUUUGUUUGCAGCCUACAGACAUGCUCAGCCGUAGGCAUGCCCAGAGGGCCAGUGCUUUGUGCUAUCGCAAGGAAGCCGAAGAAGUGGAUGGAGACUCAAAGGAAGCCGAAGAAGUGGAUGAAUCCGCAGAGGAAGUCGAAGAAGUGGAUGGAGCCCCCCAAGCAAGGAACGAUGACUGGAUGGAGCUGGAGCUGGGUGAAUUCUACAUCGACGAAGGAGAUGAUGGGGAGGUUAAGAUACGCUUGUUGGAGGUGAAGGGAGGCCACUGGAAGAGGGGUCUGAUCAUAGAGGGAAUUGAAAUACGGCCUAAACAGUAGGUGAAAUCUUCGAGUGAUCAUAAAAAAUUUGUCUAUUUGCUUUCACUUUUGAUGAUCAAGAAGAUAUGUUGGAGGUUAAGUUUGCAACUGUAAGCAUGCUGAUGUAACUGCGUUUCUUGUAUAGGAUU